AUGGAGACCUCAGUAGCCCAUCGGCCAUGGGAAGACAGCCGGCCUGCGCCCAACACCAACGGCCACAACGUCAGCCAGACGACCCUCACCACGCUGCCGUCCAUCUCGACGCUGACGGCCUCCAUGCCCGUCGACAAGGCGCCAGUGCCCGUCGCAUCUGGUGAGAAAUCGCCUGCCCAGGCUUCGAUGAACACGCUCGAACGAGAUUCCGGGACCUGGUCAAUGCCUCAGAGUACCCGCUCAUCGACGUAUUCUAGCACCACAAACAACACCAAUGGAUACCAUCAGCAUUCAUUCCUCAUGUCCUCGCAGCAGUCGCCGAAUCGGUUGUCGGGUGUCUCUGAGCCGCCGUCCACUGCCACGACAGUGUCUUCGCCAGUGUCGAGCCAUGCGUCUCCAGGCCAGAAUCCAGUCCUGCCGUCCAUCAACCACACCAUGGACUCGCACCAGCAACAGCUCCAGCAACAACAUCAACAGCAGCAGCAGCAACAGCAACGGCCAGAUUACCCCGAAUCUCGCCGCAGCAGCAUCGAUAGCCGUAUGAACCAGGGCAUCUCCGCCCUCCAGAUCAACCCUACCUCGCCCUACCACAGCACCAACGCAUCGCAGUCGUCCGUCGUCUCUGGCCUCCCGCGCGACCGCAUGAGCUACUCUCACCACUCGACCUCGUCUCGCUUCCCUCCGGGACAAUCAAACCAGGCACCGCUCUCACCACUCGGCCCUCGCGCACAGGAUCACCGUGGUCCCUUCCCAGCCGGCCGCACUGCUCCACCGAUCUCAUCUAACCCUCGCCCCGAAGAAUUCCACGCCGACUCUCCCGUGCCCGGUCAAGCGUACGCCUUCCCUGACCCCAGCAUAGCUCACCACCACUCUUCGUCACUCACCGCGCAAGGACCUGCGCCGCCAAUUUCACACAACCCGCGCCCAGAGACCUUCCAUGCAGAGAAUCCGGUGCCGGGACAGGCCUAUGCCUUCCCAGAUCCCACCUUCAGUCGGGCAUCGACCAUAUCUGCACCCAACGAUAGGCCGUCGAAUCAGUUCACGCGAAGACAUAGCACGGCAGAUUCGAUGAACAGUAGCAUCUACACUACCGAAUCAAGACUCCCAGCGGGACAGCAGGAACUGCCCCAAAGUGUCCACCACCACUCCCUUCAACACCGCCAGGUCCGCAACAUAAUAGGCGAAGGCGAUCCCAACGGCGCAACUCCAUAUAGCCGCACUCCCGAACUCCGCGUGACGCACAAACUCGCCGAACGCAAACGCCGUAGUGAAAUGAAAGAUUGUUUCGAGGUACUGCGCGCCCGUCUCCCGUCCGCCCAGAAUAACAAGUCUAGUAAAUGGGAGACCCUCACGAGAGCAAUCGACUACAUCAACCAGCUGGAAAAGAGCGCAUCACAGUCCCGACAGGAAUCAAACCAGCUACGACUUGAAUUGGAGGAGAUGCGUGCACAGUUGGGCCAGACUCAGUCACAACAGCAGCAGCAACAGCAGCAGCCACAACAAAUCCAGCCAUCGCUUGCUCGACGAGCUAGCUUCGAACCUUCUUCGCAACUUCACCAGCAGCAGCAGCAGCAGGGCCAACAAAUGCAGGUUAACGGUAAUGGGCAGCUGACGCCUCCUCCGAAUCCCGGGGCGUUGUACCAGACCCAUAGCCACCCCCAGCAGCCUCAUGGCCAGGCCCACCAUGGUCAUCACGUACACCACCCACAACACCCAGCACACGGCCACUACUCGCCUCCAUCGAACGCAACGCCGACGUCGCUUGGCUCUCCAGAUCCAUCACGGACACUACCGCCGUUGAUGAAUGGAUCCAUCGCUCCCAUGCAGGGAGUACAAUAUACAGAUGAGCGACGAUGA